CAUUUCUCCGCGGUGAGUUGGUCUGUUACGACCUGUUCUCUCGUGCGGACUUGGUGUUCCUCUGCAUAUACAUAUAUCACACACCGUCACGUCGGUUCAGUCUACAUGACCACGCUCCGUCAGAAUCGGUCUAUCUCUCUCGGAUUAUAUCUGUGUGUCCGUGACAGACGAUAAGUAUCCAGACUCGAGCCGGGAGUACCUUAUUCGUCCGCAGACCAUCGUAGCGCGUGGAUGUGACAUUCGAAGACAGUGUAUCGAAGCAAAUUAAAGAGCCAGACAGAAGACAUAGUGACUCGGUGAUCGUUGUGCCGAAUGGACGAACUUGCGUUUCGUGAAACGGACUUGUGUUUCGCGGAACGUAAUUAUCGAGAUACACAGAAGCUGUGAAGAUUUGUUAAUACCGUAUUACGCUAACGUAUGAAUACAUAGAUAAUCGUUUGUGCGCGUGUAAAUUAUUUUUCGUUCUCUUUUUUAUAUUCGUUAUAUUACCUCGUUGGUAACGUUCGAUAGUGAUAUACGUUAAUAAUAUACGGUAGUUAUACUCAUUAGUCAUAUUCGUUACUUAUAUUCGUUAGUAAUAUAAUAUUUAAUAUAACGCCCGAUAUAAUAUUCUGUGUAUCGUUCGGUAUAAUACCGAUAUACAAGUUGGAGUAUUAAAACGAAGUUGUCGUUGCAUCGUACAGCAAGCGAAACAGUGAUAUAUUGAGAUUUCAUUUCUGAUGUGGUCCCUGUGAGGAAAUCUCGUGUUAAGUGCAACCUACACCAUUUAUUUGGAUCUUAAGUGCCUGAGCCGCUGACCUUGGAAUUUUAUAAUUCGAUCACGGCGCUAAACUGAGGGAAGAAUGGAUUACUCGACAAAAGUUACUGUUAAGAACGGACCCACCCAGGAAAAUGAGAACGAAGCACCAGCUGAUGCUGCAUCCUCACCAUCUAGUGUUGAACUACCAGAAAGCGCACACCCAUGUCCAGCUUGUUCGACCGUUUUGCCCACCUCCAGGGAGUUAACGAACCACCUACGCGGCCAUAAUUCGCCUCGCAGCACAGACUGUAGCGGCGAGGAUGACUAUUGCUGCGGCGUGUGCAAUAAGGUGCUGAGCUCUGCAAGUUCCCUCGACAGACAUGUGUUGGUGCACUCCGGGGAACGGCCGUUCAAAUGCAAGUACUGUGAGAUGGCGUUCACCACGAACGGCAAUAUGAACAGGCAUUUGAGGACAGCGCACAGAGGCGCCUCGCCUAACAGCUGUACCGACUCCGAGGGUAGCAGCGACUCGGACAAAUCAUCCAGGCAGCGACAUCUCGAGGAAUACAACAACAACGAGAUCACAAAAAGAAACUCGCCAAAUAUCGGGGACAAACGGGACGAGGAACAGACCUCGUCGUUAACUGGAAAGAGAAAGUAUCCUAACUAUGCGAGCGACAGCGAAACACAAAAGAGGCACAAGAUUCUUCUAAAUAGCUCGAGAAGCGAGAUGAAAUCGAGAUCGGACGACAACCAGAACGUUUACAAUUGUCCAGUAUGCGGGCGACAGGAUUUUGCCACUGGCGCCAUCUUAGAAUCGCAUCUGGAACGAAGUCAUCCGGAAUUCCCCGCGAAAUGCGACACGUGCAACUUGUCGUUCAAAAACCACAGAGUACUGAAUCUGCAUCGGUUCAUGAUACAUUUCGCGGAACACUCGUUGGGAAAUACCACGAGAAAUCUGAGAAACUCGAUAGUAGGUUUCAACGAUUUAACGUUCGUUGAUUUCUCGUCCGAUAAGUUCCCAGCAAUAGCUAGAGCUGUCUGCGAACAAUCGCUUCACCGGCCAGCUUCUGGCGAGGUAGCCAAAUUCCAAUGCUCCAAAUGUCUGCGAGCAUUCCCUUGUAGAUCCGCGUUGGACGCCCACGAAACUGACUGCGGCACGAUGAAUUUGCAAAGCAGAACAACCGACGAUAGCCAAUCGAGAAGAGACGAUUUCUUCGCUGGCUUGGAUCUUCAAAACAAGGCUGCUUUGAGGGAAGCGAAGGAAGGCAAAGAUCUUGCCGAUAUCCAGAGUAUCAUAUCUGUCACCUCUGGACCUAUCUUACAGAAUUUUCGAUCAGACACCAGCACACCCGAGAACAACAUCAAAUUUAAUACCAGUGUAAACUCUUCUGGUAGUUCAAGUACGUAUUGCACAGAGUACCACGAGGAGGAAGCUCAAGACGCGUUUUCUGCAGAGUUCAGAAAAAUGAAAUUGAAAGGGGAGUUCCCUUGCAGGCUCUGUUCCUCGAUAUUUCCUAAUCUAAGAGCCCUAAAAGGUCACAACAGGGCGCACAUGGGCGUGGGACCUGGCAUGCCAUAUCCUUGUAAUAUGUGCCCUUAUACCAGCACUGAUAAAGCGACUCUGGUGAGGCAUCUGAGGUCUCACAAUGGCGACAGACCUUACGAAUGCUCUCUCUGCAAUUACGCUUUCACAACUAAAGCAAAUUGUGAGCGCCAUGUACGAAACCGACAUGGAAAAUUGACAAGAGAAGACAUUAAGAGCGUUCUCAUCUAUCAUCCAAAUGAAGAUUCUACGAACGAGAACGUGGAACGUGGAAACUCACCCAGAGUUUUGAAGGAUGAAGUGAGGAAGAGCCUGGUAUAUCCGCAAGAACGCGAAGAUCUUCACCACCAGGCGCAAAUGCAUUAUCCUCCGGUUUCUAUGGAGGUAAGAGGUGAGAUCAGAAUAAUAGAAGAGGCGAAGCUGCAAAAUUCCUCGAUGUCGAUAUACAGCACUAGCCACUUUGAAAAAAAUGAUGCGUUUUCAAGACAUGGUCAGCCUUUGGAGCUGACCCAAAGGAAUUCCGAGGAGACAAAACCUGGUCAAGAUGCCAAAUCGGAUUAUUCGAAGUUGGACGACGAUUUGGAGUCGAGAUCGUCCGAGGGUAGCGUAUCUCUAGUCACAGAAACCAAAACAGAUUCGCACCAAAGAAUACAAGCUAGUCCUAUGAAUUUAAAGAAAGGUCUCAACAUAUCGGAAAACAUAGGCGAAGACGGUCCGUUGGACCUUUCCAUGGACGUACUGGAUCUCAGCAAGAAGUCGAAGGAGAAGGAGGACGAUAACUUCGCCGCGGCUCACGAACAUUUUGGAAAAAACCAAAAAGAUUUGUACAGUGCUACCAGUCAAUUAUUGUUGACCGAGGCUUUGUUGAAGGCUGGCCAGGGUAGCUCUCAACCUACAUCUCUGGAAGCUCUGUACGCUAACGCAAUCUACAGAAACUUCGGUACAUUCCCUGGUAGCGUAGGAGCUGGAAUAUUGCCACCGUACAUGUUCAAUCCUCAUGUCUUUGGCCAGGAUUUCUCUAUGAAGGAAAGAUUACAGAAGGAAUUGGUCAGAGGUCUACAGUUGACAAGUGGAGGUACUUUGGUGGAGCCACCUAUAGGUAGCGCGGGAUUUACCACCUUUUCUCAAAACAGAGACAUGAAUUCCCAGUCUCAUUCAACAACCGACCAAAGUGAAUAUGCCAAAUUAAUAUCUUCUAAGAUGGCCAACAAGAGUCUAACAACCCGCGAUAAAUCAGACAAUCUCCCCUCGUCCAAUUCUGUGAAGAUGGUGAUCAAAAAUGGAGUCCUGAUGCCUAAACAAAAGCAACGAAGGUACAGAACUGAGAGGCCUUUUACCUGUGAACAUUGCUCAGCGAGAUUUACCUUGAGGAGCAAUAUGGAAAGGCACAUUAAACAACAACAUCCUCAGCACUGGAGCCAGCGACCCAGAGGAGGUCACUCGACAAGGGGAAGACCACCUUCCAGCCAUCCUACGCUGAUUCAAAACCUUGGACAGGCAACUUCUCAAGGCAGUCAAUCGUACAACAAUAUCCUGCCAAAAGUGGAACAGUCAACGAAUCCGGAAUUUACGAGGCAUUCUAUCUCCGACCAUGUGAAGUACGCUAUCCUGGCACAGCAAUUAAAGGCAAACAAAAUGGAAGACAAUGACUCUGAAGAAGAACUGGUCAUAGACGAAGGGCCACAGGAGAAAGAAAAUCAAGAAUCUCAGGAUCAAAAGGAGAAGAGUCUGUUGAGAGGACAAUUGGAAGCCACAGAAUCUACUAAAGAAACUGUAGUGAAAGAAGAAGCCAUGGAAUGUUCAGACGAUGGCCCAAACGAGACAAAUGUUGAGCUGGAGAAGAACAAACAAACUGUUACUGAACAACAGAAAAAAUCUGACACGGAGAAGGCUACUGUGACGGAAAAUUCAGUUGAAAAGAAUCCUGACAGAGUGAUCAAAACGGAAUCAGUUAAUAUGAACAGCGAGAAGAUGGAGGAUGGAGCACCUGAUCUCGCUAGCGUGUCAGAACUGUUAGACAAUGCCUCCCAACAAUACCAGCAGUUUCAACCCCAGUAUUUAAGCGAUGAAGAAGGUCUAGUAGCAUCGAACAGUGAUUGCAAUAAUUCUGGCAGUGAUGAGAAAUCCGACUCUGUAAAUUCAUCACAUUCGACGAACGCGUCGAAGAAAAAAAAGAAAAAGAAGAAAAAAAAGAAGAAAUCUGCAUAUUCAAUGGCCCCGAACAGAGUAAUCUGUCCAUACUGUGAACGACCAUUUCCAUGGACCUCGUCUCUCAGACGACAUAUUUUGACACACACUGGACAGAAACCUUAUCAAUGCGUUCACUGUUCGUUGCUAUUCACAACGAAAUCCAACUGUGACCGUCAUUUGCUCCGAAAACAUAAAGCAAAUCCGAACAAGAUGCGUAGAGUUAGGAACUCUUCUUCUCCAGAUUCUCAAGCGGUCAUCAGCAAUAGUAACUCGUUCUCCAUGAGGAACGUUCCUGAAAGACCCUACAAAUGCAAUCAGUGUCCCAGCUCAACAUUUUCAACGUUGGGUAACCUAAAAAAACAUCGUUCCACUAAACACGCUCGGAAGAUGAAGACCAGAUCGGACACUCCAUCCAGUGAACCUCAAACCAGUCCACAGGAGUGUCCAAAGCCGAAUAACGAACAAACUGAUUAUGAUAGUCAGUCUUCGAGCGUGUCUGAAGGGAUAGAAACUUCUUCGAUGCCAGGACUUACCAAAUCGAAUUCUAGCGCUUCACAAUUGGCCAACGAAACAGCUAGGUCAAGGAGACCUUCACCGAGAUCAUCACCUGGGCCCAGUGAUGUGCCUUUUAAGUGCCACUUGUGCGAUUGUGGUUUCGCAGAACGACACGACUGCCUCGAACACAUCAAAAUGAACCACAAAAAAUCCUACGAAAUGUUAGUGGCGAAAGGGGCACUGGACAUGGACAUCGACGCGGUUGAAGACCAACAACAACCACCGCCGCAACAUCAUACCAGCGACGGAGAAGAAAAACGGGGACGUUUCCCAGACUAUAGUAACAGGAAGGUUGUAUGUGCAUUCUGUAUGAGGCGGUUCUGGUCUGCAGAGGAUCUACGGCGCCAUAUGAGAACACACACCGGAGAACGACCUUUCUCCUGCGAUAUAUGCUGCAGGAGAUUCACCUUGAAACAUAGUAUGCUGCGGCACAGAAAGAAGCACGAGUCCAUUGAUUCUACCAUGUAUGUUGGUACAAGCGGAGAUGAAGAAAAUUCACCUGCACAGCCACCUACGAUCACACCACGAAGUCAACAGCAGCAACAAAUUCUGGUGACGGCCAACAACGCGAAUUCCCGUAUUCAAGACAGAAUCUCUUUACCAACUGUUACUCCAGUCGCGACCGGUGAUGCAGCCCCGAGUGGAUUAAUAAGAUUCAAUCCAUACGAGAAAUUAACCACUCUGACAGGAAAAUUGGCCAGUAUUCCAUCAAACGCAAAUCCAGAUGCAGAGAGCACGGAUAAUGAUUUGAUCUCGAACCUGCUGGGAAUAAGAGACAAGAGUUUCAUCGACAGAGUACUACAGGCAUCCGCUGAUGACGCCGCCAAGUUAUUAGGAGUAAAGCGUAGCCAUGAGUGAAGUAGAAUCAGCUGUUGCUUUUUUUGGACAUUUCACGAUCGUGCCUUAGGUUCCUCCCCCAUUUACGUGUAUGAAAGUCAAUCGAUAAGUUGAUCUUUGUAUAAUAGAGAUAGUGUAAGUAGGUACUUAUUUGAGAAACAAAAGUGUGCAUGCGUGUUAAUAAGUAUGAUAAAUUGAUAAAUAUUGUUAAAAAUUGAGUUUUGAUUUUCUUUUAGCCCUUUUUAAUUGUUAUUUACUUGAUAGUUAAUUUAAUUAACAAAAAUUUGUUGAAAAAAUUAAGAAAUACAACAAUAUAUCAAUGUUUUUUAUAUAGCAAUACUUAUUGUAGUAAUUCAUUUUUGCGUGACUACAAAAGUAUUGUAGUCAUUUCUUACAUAUGUUACAAUUCACUCGAUACAUCGAUGGUUUCAUAAGAUUUCCAGAUAAUUCGAGUGAAUUGGACAUCUUUUCAAAUAAACGCACUCUCUAUUAUUGGUUAUUUUUAUUGAACAUCAGACUGACUGUUUAAAAUAUCAUCUUACAAAAUAUUCAUCGUGUUCCAGAAGAAGAAAUUUAAUAAACACAAGACCUUUUAUCUUAAUUUCACACAUUUUUAUAAUUUGACGUUAGUAAGUUUCUUUUUCCUUUAACAAACGUGAAUUGUUUGAUGAUAUUUUUAAACUGUAACUGACGUCAUCGAUGUCGAUAAAAAUAUACCUUUCAAAUUACAUGAAAUUAAAUCUAUGAUUAUAUUGUGGGUGAAUUUCGAUGAUUUUUAACAACAUAAGCGAAUUAAGGGCCUAUUUCAAUAAAAUUUCAUCAAAUUGUCAUGCUUUGUUCGAGUCAAGAGAAAUGACAAAAACAAAAAAGAGAAUUGACAAAAACAACGCAAAGCCACUUUCGCUUAUAUUCGCGUCAAUUAAGUACCUACUUUCCUCUUUUUUUUCUAUCUUCUCUUUCUUCUAAUCUCUCGCGCCCACACGAAACAUGGGCUAAAAUAUUUCCGCGUAUCUCUCUCUAUUAUGUACAUAUUAUAACCACAAAUACGUGUGAAUCACACGUUUCCAAUAAGCUUACACGUUUCUCUAAGAGCUAGCGUUGUAUAUUAAAAGGGCACGAUUAAGCUUUGUCAAUACAAAGUCGUGUCAAAACAAAAGAUUUAUGGCCCUGGUCAGGAAUGGAACAAGAGAAUGUCACGGAGCAUAUAUUUAAUCGGUGACUUUCUCUUCAUUAAUCGAGCGAGCCGUACUAAAACCCAAAGAUACAUUUUACACAACGAAUUAAGUUAGCCAUAUAAUACGUACUUCUAUUUAUUGUUUGUCACGUACCUAAAACCGAGAUUCACUAAAUGGAAAGUUUUCCUUGUCAGCAAUGUACUUGUUUUUUGCUGAAGGAAAAGGUGUCUCGAAACGCGAAUCGAAAACUGAGACAACCGAAAGAGAUUGAAAAGUCGCGUUCGAUUUAUUGAUCGUAGAGUCCGGACCGCGAAGCCCAGUCGGUAAGAUAGCAUACGUUCUUCUCGGUAGACGUCAUGCAAGUCGAAGAACGCGAUUCAAUAAUAUGCAAGUAGAGCAAUAUAGAAAAGAAAGUUUAUCGUAUAUAAUUAUAUAAAUAAAUAAAUAUAUAUAUGUAAUAUCGAUUUCUAUUCCGUCGGAUAAAUGAUUACUGUACAUAGAUAGUCUAACUAAAAAUUUCGGUAGGUCUAUGUCCCACGUCGUAUCGUGCGUAGUCCUCGUUCGUCGAGUCCCCUAGGAACCGAGAGGACAAUGUUUAAAAAAAAUGCAAUUAUACCAAAUAGUCGGCUUCUGAUGUCGGUUAUCGGCCUUCUCGGUGGACGCCAGAAAUACAAGUCGAACCAAUCGAUAAAACAUUUGUAUCUUCUAAUCGUAUUACUUCUUUCCUUCUUCCUCUCCUAUUUUCUUUCCGCGGUGUUCUGCUUCUGAUAUAAUUUUCCAUUCUUGCCUUUUGUCAUUCAUUAUAUGAUCUCUUUUAUGCAUACAUUCGUGAAUGUAUAAACAUGCAGGUUUAUACUUCUUUUUCAUCAUCUUCCUCUUCCUUUCUUAUCAAUCUUCACUUUUAUCUCUUUCUCUUUCCCUUCUUAAAGCUCACCGUAUUUAUCCUUCUUUAGCGAGAAAGGCUGCUUGCGAAUCGAUGUCUGCGCUCGUCGAAAGUCGGCCGUUUGCAAACUUAUUCGGGGUGUUUUCCGUUUCCUUUCAAGUUCCGUCAAUAGCACUUAGAUUCUUCUUCGACACAUAUGUUAUAUAUGUAUUGCGUGGAACGUGUAUAGUUUGAAAAUUUUAUUCCGUAAAUUAUAGAUCUCGAUGGAAAAAUCUUAAGAUCCAUCGAUAAUUUCGUUCGCGCAGUACAUGUAUAAAAAAGAAGACUUCUCUGCUUUGACUAUUGAUACGUAGCAACUCGUGACGUCGAAUUUCAAGGAAUCCCCUAUUCGACUAAAUAUAAAUGGGAUAACCGCUAUGCUAAUGUUAAGGUUAAGGAUGUCAACGGUUACGAUUUAAACAUAGAUGUGUCCAAUGGGAAUUAACAAAUUCCUAAGUAUAUAUAUGCAGAUAUAUAAACUAUAAAUGUGUAAAUAUAGAGAUAUUGAAAAUGUUAAUAUCUAUGCUCGAAGCAUAAAUUAUCGAUAAAAGAAUCUGUGAAAGCUUGUAUAAUUAUUACAAUAAUGUAUAUUUAUUACAAAAUAUCGGAAUAUUUUUUUUAUUAAUAUUACGAAAAUCAAAACGUAACGUUAGCUUUUAUGCUUUGUAGUCACGGAAAACAGCCCUAGUAAUUUACUCUGAAUCGGUGUUUCUUUGUUAAUAUAAGAAAAAUCUUUUAAUACAUUCAAAGAUAUAAUAUAAAACAAUUCCUCAAAAAGAAUUAUUAUCUGUUAAUUUUAAUUUUAUUUUAUAUAAUGUUAUUGACGAAACGAUUUGCAUCGUUAAUGUUUUUGAACAUGCGGUUUCACGUAAUCUCAUGUAUGUAUAUGAAUUCAAUAUUAUUUGGAAAAUGUUUGAAACAAUAAAAAAGAAAAACGCUAGUGCAAAAAAGGACUAGUUGACAUAAAAAGAACGGGAGACGCUGUUUCAGAUCUCAAAAAUAUUUCCACGUCGAUGUAGCGCAGCGCAACGUGACGGUGAAGUCUACGCAAAAAAAAUAUAAAAUAUGUAAACGAAAAAGAUCUAUUUAUUAAAGAGGCGAAAUGUAUUUAAAUCUUUGGAGUGAUGUUUUUUCUUAAUUCGUUUAAAAUGAAUUAUGCUAUAAAGUAAUUAUUGUAGCGCACGUGUAAGUAUAUGAUUAUCUUGUAUCCUUGUUUAAACUUUGCUUAUGAAUAAGAAUAUACCAUAUCAAGAUGAAAAAUUAAACAUUUCCUUUUCCUUAUUUUAAUUCCCAAAUUAUCAAAAAUAGAAUAGGAAAUAGUGAUCAUACAAAAAUCCCUUUCCACAAUUUUAUUUCCCGUCGAAUGCUAUAAUAUUUCACUAAUAGUAACGUCCAGUAAAUAAUAUCAAUUAAAGUAAUAAAUUAUUAGGAGCAACCAAGCAUAUAUAUCACUAUUUACAUAUAAAUAUUACACAUUUCACUAAUCUGCGUUCUACUAUAAAACGCUAUCGACAAAAUAGCGUCGAAUGCCGAUAUAAGAAAGACUCGCUUGCAUUUCCAUACUUUAUUUAUCUCUCUCUCUCUCUCUCUCUUUCUUUCAAAUUUUUGCACUUCCGCUUCUAAACUCGCUCGGGAGACAUAUUGUCGAGGGAGUAACAUUCGCGGUCCCAUUAUCCGUUUCAUUCUUUACCUACAAAACGCUUUUAGUCGUUCUAUCACGAUUAUACAAACGUAUGUGCGUUUAACAAGAGACACUUAACUAUUAGAUUCGAUCAAACAACACCGAGGCUCGUAUGGAGCUUUCUAUUAAAAGAUUUCAAUCUUAAACGUUCAAAGUAGCAACGAGUAUUUACUAUUAUUCCGGUGCAAUUUUAAAACAUCUGCGGAUCUUCCGAUAAUCGCUUCGUGUAUGGAAGAUUUUUUUGGUCAUGUUUCUUUUCAUUUUCUGUGGAAAACACGAACAGUAUUAUACCUAUAAUAUAUAUAGAUAUACGAAUUAAACGCACUUGAACGUAACACGUUAUAGCUGCGCUCUUUACGAUCAUUUCAAGAUCCGUUUGAAGAAAGAUCAUCUCAUGAUCGACGCUGUACUACAAAAUCUCUGUUCAACACCUUACAAACGAUUCUAAAUAAAUCAUCUUACGUACUUAACAUUUAAUGUAUCGUAAUGGAGAAAAACAUGGUGUGCAUGCAUAUACGUGUAUGUCAGUAGAGUAUGAUACACAUUAGAUCACUUGGAAAAACUCUUGAUUUUCUCUGAUUAAGAAGAGAACUACUAGUAAUGAAAAAGCGGACAGAACAUGGAAGCGAUUAUGAAAGUACUACUACACAUAUUUACACGUAUUGCAGCGCUUUCUGACUUGACGAUAAAAGCGGUUUACCGGUUAAUAAACUUAUACUUUUACUUUUUUCUUACUUUUUUUUUUGUUUUCUUUUGUCGUUUUCGUAUAAACAAAUCAAUAGCACUUUUUUUUAGGCAUUCUUCACAUACAGAUAACAUCCAUU